CAUUUUUGUGGAGCAGUUUACUAAAAUGGUUAUGUAUUUGACAUAACGUGCGUCAGUACGGACUUACAGAGCAAUUUAGCAGAGGUUUUUUUGUGCUUGUUAUAAGUGUAUAGAGACCUUGCAAUGUCAUCACGCAGAUGGUUCCAUCCUAAUAUAUCGGGAGUGGAUGCGGAGAUACUGUUGAACGAGCGAGGUACCGAUGGCAGUUUCCUGGCCCGGCCAAGUAAAAGUAAAGAAGGAGAUUUUACACUGUCCGUCAGGCGGAAUGGGGAGGUUACACACAUCAAGAUACAGAACACGGGUGACUUCUACGACCUGUAUGGGGGUGAGAAGUUCGCCACCCUUGCUGAGCUGGUCCAGCACUAUAUGGAGAACAUGAGUCAGCUUAAGGAGAAGAAUGGAGAAGUCAUUGAGCUAAAGUACCCUGUCACCUCUGCCGAUCCCACACCCGAAAGAUGGUUCCAUGGUCAUAUAUCGGGAAAAGAAGCUGAAAAAUGUUUGAUGGAGAAAGCGAAAAAUGGCAGUUAUCUAGUCAGAGAGAGUCAAAGCAAGCCGGGUGACUUUGUCUUGUCCGUGCGUUGUGACGAUAAAGUCACUCAUGUUAAAGUUAGAUGCCACGAAGGAAAGCUGGACGUUGGGGGUGGCGAGAAGUUCGAGUCAUUGUCCGAGUUAGUAGAACAUUACAAGAAAAAUCCGAUGGUGGAAACCACGGGAACAGUCGUACAUCUAAAAACACCGGUGAAUGCCACAAGAAUCACAGCAUCAGGUAUCGACAAUCGCAUCCGACAGCUCCAAUCCGAGAAAGGAUCUCAAGUCAACUCAACAGCAAAGGGAGGAUUCUGGGAUGAAUUUGAGCAACUCCAGCAGCAGGAAGUGCCAUCUUACAGUCGGAAGGAGGGACAGAGACCUGAAAACAAAGGGUACAAUAUUUUACCAUUUGAUCACACACGGGUAAUGUUGCAUGACAUUGAUCCAAAUGUUGUUGGAGCGGAUUACAUCAACGCAAACGUUAUCACAUCAGAGGAAGAUAGUGCUGAACCAAAGAAGACGUAUAUUGCCACACAGGGUUGUCUGCCCAUCACAGUGGUCGACUUGUGGCGAAUGGUGUGGCAGGAGAACACACGGGUCAUCGUCAUGACAACCAAAGAAGUGGAAAGAGGGAAAAAUAAAGCGGUCCGAUACUGGCCUGAUGACCCAGAAAAGCCGAAAUCAUACCCCACAUACAAGGGCACGAUAACUGUGAAGCUGAUCAGUGAAACCACUGAAACCGACUACAUCAUUCGCAAAUUGGAAAUUAGCCGAGACUUUGGCGAUGGAAAGGUAGAAGGGCCUCGUCAGAUCUUCCAGUUUCACUUUCAAACGUGGCCCGACUACGGCGUCCCGGCUGACCCAGGCAGUGUGUUGAACUUCCUUCAGGUGACCAACCAUCACCAGGACAACAUCAAAGACGCGGGGCCCGUCGUCGUACACUGCAGUGCUGGCAUUGGCAGAACGGGAACUUUCAUUGUAAUAGAUAUCAUCUUGAAUCAGAUCAAGUUACAUGGCUUCGAUGUUGACAUCGACAUCCAGAAAACAAUACAGAUGGUACGGUCCCAGCGUUCAGGCAUGGUGCAGACGGAGGCACAGUACAAGUUUGUCUACAUGGCCGUCCACCACUACAUCGAGACGGAGACUCGGAGACGGCAGGCCGAACAGAUGAGUCAGGUUGCGGGACGGGAGUACACAAACAUCAAGUACGCAACAGGACAAGAAAAUCCGGUCCGAGCUAAGAACUCCCUUCCUCCGAAUUCUUUUCCAGUUGCUGCUCCAAAAGUCAACUUAUCAGAUAGAGCUAUACCUGCGGUUCCUCAAGAAGACUCCUCCAAAAUUUAUCAAAACAUCGGAGCGGUGGACACAAAGUCUACCAGAAAGAGAUGAAGUCUUGUGAAUUUAUCACAUGUUUUAAUACAUAUGUUUCUUAUCAGUAUGAUAUGGGGACUGGUAGGAGAUAAGUGAUACAUUUAUCACAUGUUUUACUACAUCCAGUCAUGUUUCUUAUCAGUAUAAUGUGGGGACUGGUAGGAGAUAAGUCUGAUAAAUGUAUCACAUGUUUAAAUUUAUCACAUGUUUUAAUACAUAUGUUUCUUAUCAGUAUGAUAUGGGGACUGGUAGGAGAUAAGUGAUACAUUUAUCACAUGUUUUAAUACAUGUGUUUCUUAUCAGUAUGAUAUGGGGACUGGUAGGAGAUAAGUGAUAAAUGUUUCCGAUCAGUAUAAUGUGGGGGACGGGAUUGGGUGAGGUGGGUGAGCCAGAACUGUGAGUCAGACUGUUGUAUUUUUUAUUAUGAUGCAUUAAUUAUUGGGGUGGAAUGGUGAUCAAAGUCUUCGUCAGACUACUGUAAUUUUUAUUAUGAUGCAUUAAUUAUUGGGGUGGAAUGGUGAUCAAAGUCUUCGUCAGACUACUGUAUUUUUAUUAUUAUGAUGCAUUAAUUAUUGGGGUGGAAUGGUGAUCAAAGUCUUCGUCAGACUACUGUAUUUUUAUUAUUAUGAUGCAUUAAUUAUUGGGGUGGAAUGGUGAUCAAAGUCUUCGUCAGACUACUGUAUUUUUAUUAUUAUUAUGUGUUAAUUAUGGGGGUGAGGUGGGUGAGGAAUUGUGAACUACUGUAUUUUUAUUAUAAUGCAUUAAUUAUUGGGGUGAGGUGGUGAGCAAAGUGUCGGUCAGACUACUUUAUUUUUUAUUAUGAUUCUUUAAUAUCUCUUUGAAAACCUCAGCAUUAAUUAUGGAAGUACAUGUAGGGUGAGAAAAUUGGGUGAAACUACUGUAUUUUUAUUAUGAUCCUUUAAUAUCUCUUUGAAAACCUCAGCAUUAAUUAUGGAAGUAGGGUGAGAAAAUUGGGUGAAACUAAUGCAUUUUUAUUAUGAUUCUUUAAAGGGACGGACCCUAGUUUUUAAACACUACAACAUAUUUUUCAUUAUUGGAGCCGGUUUUAAUAAUUUAAAUUAGAAAUACUUACAUUUUAUUAUUUAGAAUAUUCACUUUCAUACACCUGAAUUGGUUUUGGUCAUUCAGGUUUUUGUAAUAUCCCAAAAUGCAUUUUUCAUAAUUUUAAAAAUACAUGUGUGUCUGAUUUACCAAAAAUGUUUGACAUACAAUAGCCGAUGAUUAAUCAAGUGUGCUCCAGUGGUGUCGUUAAACAAAACUAACUAUUUUUUGGUUGUCCUAAUGUUUAUAGCGGCCCAAACUGUAUUUUCUCUUUUUAAAAAGGCUCAAUGUCAGAAACAGCAAACACAGAACUGUUUGUUUAGUGUCCAUCUGUUUGCUUUAAGAAAUAAUGGUUUCCAUUUGUUUUUGAUAAGCAUUGUAUAAUACACAAAUAUCAUGUGGAAUAUUGCAUACUAUGUUUUUUGUGAUAGUUCUUCUAUGUGUAAAGACACAUUUUUUAAUUUUUAAACCCCCACCCCCCAACCCCCUAAAAAAACCCUCUAAAUAUAAAAAACACACAAAAAACAACCCUACAAAAAAUAAAAACUUUUUUUAGAAGUGUUGCUUUGUAAAUUUAAACAGUUUAUAAAAAGACUUUACCUGUUUUAGUAGAAGCCUUUCAGAGGGUUUUGCUUUGUAAAUGUAAACAGUUUCUGAAAAGAUUCGAUCUAUUUUAGUAGAACAUCAUCAAACCUUUAAUUUAAAAAUUUAAACAGUUUAUGAAGACUUGACCUAUUUUAGAAGAAACAUCAAGCCUUUGAGAGGUUUUGCUUUGUAAAUUUAAAACCACUUUUAAAAAAACACAACAAAGUUAAAAAGAUAAUACUCAACAUUUCAUUCUAGGUCUUUAGGAAUGAUUUCUAAAGUGGGAGACACAAUCUCUAGAAUUUGUAGCUUGCCGGACCAAAUGUCCCGCAGGAAUUUAAGCCACGUUCGACCCCUGAAUAGGGUGGCCCUUGUCACAAGAUUGUCCAUGUUCCCUUUUUCCCUUAACGCCCCAUCCCCAAAUAUAUUUCGUGGAUCCACCCCUGUAGUUGAUAAAUCAGUUAACAUCAUGGACUGUCACAUACAUUGUAUACCAUAGUACAUGUAGGUUCGAAUCUCGUCGGAGAACACUUUGUGUUAGUAUUAUAAAAUCAUGAGACUGAAUAAUUUGUCUAGCAUAUCUAAUCAGCUAAUGACAAAUUAAACCAGUGAACAGAACAUUUUGGUUACAGGCAAGUUGCAGUCUGUUGAAAUUAUAAUCAUGUAAAUGCUUUGCUUUGAAAUGUUGCUGUGCAGUAUUUUCAGGCAUGUGUGCAGAGGGUGGAUUUCAGGUUUGAAACCCCUUCUUGCUCCAAUAAAAUUGUCUUUUUUAACAAAAAUGUUUUUCCAGGGAAGUGACUGGCCUCGGUGGCGUCGUGGUUAGGCCAUCGGUCUACAGGCUGGUAGGUACUGGGUUCGGAUCCCAGUUGAGGCAU